ACGUGGAUUCGGUGCAAAAUUCAAACGGGAUCGAAACGAACGGGUAGUCAGACACCGCGACACUAACCCAAUUAGUUAUUUGUUUCUUUUUACGAGUAGAUAGGGCACCUGUGCGUUAAAUAGGGUUGUUUUAAAUAUACUUGUGCUCGGCGGCGACGACAUGAGAGUGAGUGAAGUCCACGCAGCAGAGUCUGUUGCCUACCUGAACAGAGCACUGGUCAGGUUACAGGAUAUCUGGGAAGAGAUAGGGAUUCCUGAAGAGCAGCGUCUUCAGAGAACCAACGAUGUCCACAAGCACAUCAAAGGUUUGCUGGAUCUUAUGAUUGCCGAAGAAGAGGAGCUCAAGAAGCGAUUACUGAAAAGCAUCGAGUCCUAUCGUUUGGAGCUGAACAAUUUGUGCACUGAACUUCAGCUUCCCCCCUUUGAGGACGAGGAUGGCUGCACCAUGUUGCAGGUGGAGAAGAACAGCCGCACGCGCCUGGAGGUGCUGAAGGAGCGCAAGAAGCAAAGAAUGGAGGAACUUGACGGCCUUGUCGCCAAAGACCGCGAGCUGUGUGACAUUAUGUGCACUACUCCCUUCUGCAUUGAUCACAACUCUGUCCCGUCGACACAGCAGCUAGAGUCCUUUCAAGCCUACCUUGCAGAUCUGACUAAAGAAAAGAAUCGUCGCCAUGAUGAAUUUGUUGGCAUCAAAAAGGAGAUCAUCGUGUGCAUGGAUGAUCUGGAGCAGCUCCCAGAGACCAGUUUUGAGACGGAUGUGAUGUGCGAGGACGAGGAGGCAUUUUGUUUGUCAAAUGACAACAUUGCUGCUCUUAAGCUACUCCUGAGUCAAUUACAAGAACGCAAGGCUGAGAAUGAACUCUAUUGUUCAGGUUUGCGCACAAAGAUACAGGCUCUCUGGGAAAGGCUUCAGAUUCCACAAGAGGAAAGGGAAGGCUUUUCAGAGCACAUGUUGACUUCAAAGAAGAAAAACAUUGAGGCACUCCAGGUAGAGUUCCAGCGUCUAGAGGUGCUGAAAAUGCACAGCAUGAAAAGUGUAAUUGAGGCCAUCAGAGCAGAGAUCGCCCUUUUGUGGGAGAGAUGCUUCUACAGCAAAGAACAGCAGCAAAUUUUUGCUCCGUAUCAUGAUGAUGAUUUCACAGAAGAUCUUCUCAACCUGCACGAGGCUGAGAUCAAAACCCUGAAAAAAUACUACGAGGACCACAAGGAGCUCUUUGAGGGAGUCUCAAAAUGGCAAAACAACUGGACCUUGUACUUGGAACUUGAUAGAAAGGCAAACGACCCAGCAAGGUUCAACAACAGGGGCGGGAAUCUUCUGAAAGAAGAGAAGCAGAGAACUGACCUGCAAAAGAGUUUGCCUAAGCUGGAGAAGGUCCUGAAGGCCCAAAUUGAUGCUUGGGAGCAGGAGCACGACAAAGAGUUUAUGGUCAACGGGCAGAAAUUUCUUGAGUACGUGCAGCAGCAGUGGAAUCACCACCACGAGGAAAAGGAGAAAGAGAAACUUGAACGGCAAAUGAAGAAAACUAAGCAGACACAGGAGGAUAUGUUGUAUGGAACAGCAGUGAGGACACCAUCAAAAAGGCGUAUAGCGGGAACUCCCACGCCUGGAAAAGUAAGAAAGUUCAAUGGCACCUCGACCAUCUCGACUCCUAACAGCUUUCUCAGUUCAGGCCUCGGUGGAACGAUGUGCCAGUCCAUCCAGAAACCACCAUUGUCUGCCAGCAAGGGUCUUGGCCUGCGAACACCUGGACAUGGAAAGACACCCCGUGCACUAGACCGGAACAAGGAAAACAUCUCCCAUCUAAAUAGAAAUACUCCAAGUGCCACAUUAAGGUCUCAGGAUACUCAAGAUCACACCUUCACCUUUAACUCUGUCGCUGCCUCCUAUUCGGAAUUUGCGAGAGACCUCACGAAGGCUUCUAAAUCAAAUGUGAACUCCACCAUCAGUUUUCAGUGACGAUCCAAAGGAGCUGCUCCGGGACCGAGAGUCAUCCAGCUCAGCGGUAGUUUAGCGUAGAUUUCAUUUGUUGGGCAACAGGGAACUUGAAUGUAAACUUCUUCAAAAAAUGUAAAUAUUUUAAUCGUUGUGAGACACAUUGUGAGUUUCCAUUGAUUCUGUUUUUGUAAGACUUUAUAUCGGGGUUUCUGCUGUAGCAGUUUUUUCUGCUGUAUGUAUUUCUUUGGCUUUUUAUUUGAUUCUUUUUCUUUUAAGUGAACAUGAAUAACCGUCUUGAGCACUACUGUUUCAGUACUGUAGCAAUUAGCCAAUGCACCAUGGUUUUCUUCCUCCAUUUGGAGUGACAGUUAAACAUACUCUUGACAAAGUAAAUGAGUGCUUUUUUUAAUUAAGCUGUAAAUAAACUUUUAAAAGCAUUCAUCCUCA